AUGUACCCUGUCUGUCCGCUAGACUCUCCGCACUGGAGCCGCUCCUCGCCUCGUUUCCAAGGCUUUUCCGCCCACCGCCUGCUGUGUGGAGCCCAAGGGUCAGCCUCUCUCUUGGCCACCUGCCGCCCUAACAGUCACCACCACGUAACCAACUGGAAGGUACCCGGUACCUCGUCCCGCGCCCUGGCUGCCCGCAAACGGCCAGGUACCGCCCACCUGCCCUCAGCUUCCAACAUUCUCCCUUGGCUUCUCCUGCCUCUCUCCCUCUCCCUCCUCCCCCACCUUUCGCCCACCUUCUUUGUGCAUCGAAUCUCGACCAAUCUUUUCCCAUCAAUUCUUUUCCCCCUUUUGCCUCUUCAAUCUUCGACUCUCGCUGCUCACCUGACACAAAAACUUCUUGUCGUCACAUCACCAACCGCCCAGCCCGACUUUCUACCUUUUGCGCCAGCGCAUUUAAAGCUCGUCGAGUCACCACAAAAAAACAACACACAACAAAACCUUCGUACUACAAAAGGCGCUCAGCCCCUCUCCCCGCCGACUCUUUUUCUCCUUGUCCCGCAUCUCUUUGAAAACCUAAACACCUCAAGAGACCGCCGCCUUUCGCCGCCGGUUCAUCAACCUCGUCCCUCCAAACUUUCCUUUUUCCCACGAGACACCCCGGAACAUCCGAACCCCUUCGCCGAAGCCGACGACGACACCGGUGACAUCAAAAAGGUCGAGAACCAUAUCCAUAUCCGCAUUCAACAGCGAAAUGGUCGCAAGUCUCUGACCACGGUUACUGGUCUUCCUGCUAAAUUUGACCCCGGCAAGAUUCUCACCUUCUUCAGGAAGGAAUUCGCUUGCAAUGGCAACAAGGUCAAUGACGAAAAGGCCGGCGAGGUGAUCCAGCUUCAGGGCGACCAACGCAAGAAGGUCAUGGAUUUCCUCGUUGACAAGAAGAGCGGUCUCGGUCUCAACCCCGACAACAUCACCGUUCACGGUGCCUAA